AACCGGAAACAGCUGAGUGAACCAUCUUCCAGUCCUCGAGGGCGUAGACGAUCUCUGUCACAAACAUGGCGGCGCGCAUGUGAAUGUCAUGCCAUCCUGAUCCAUCACCUGAAUCAGCUCAGAUUUAGGUCAGAUUAGUCAUUCGUUGAAGCUGGCAUGUAACGUAACCUUUGCAGAAUCUACCUUCCAUCCAUCCCAGACAGCUAAGGAUCAGAAAGUCUUACUUUAAUCAUUAAUUGACCACCUUCCCAUGUUAGCAUUGUAGCUUCAAGCAGUCAGCAGCUUCUUGGUAUUAACGAUGGAUCCCGACCUACAACUGAGAAAUCUGAAGGAUUUCCUUCUGGUUUACAACCGCAUGACUGAAAUCUGCUUCCAGCGAUGCACCAGCAACUUCAACUACAGAAACCUCACCAUGGACGAGGAGCGCUGUGUGGACAGCUGUGCAGGGAAGCUGAUUCGCUCCAACCACCGCCUGAUGAGCACCUACGUGCAGCUGAUGCCUCGGAUGGUGCAGAAGCGGAUGGAGGAGAUGGAGAGCAAGGCUGCAGAAAAUGCCAAGGCAGCAGAGGCGGCUGCUCUAGCAUCUGUGGCAGCUCCUGCCACAGAAGCCUUGCCAGAACCUCAAACCCCCAUCAUCUCAUCUCCAGCCCUUGAAAUACCUUCCCUGACUGAUGUCACACCAGCAGCCUUUGGCUCCGUCUUAACUCCAGCAGGAUCAGAUUUUCCAGUUGGCCUUGAUGCUAUCGUGCCUGCAUCCACAGCAGCAACAGAAGUCAAGUUAUCAGCUGCUGCGGCAAUCACACCUGUGACUGAAGCAGUAAAUCUGCCAGUGUUUAAUGAGGCUGGCAAUGGACUGUCUAGCACAGCAGGUGUCCCUCUCCCCCCUAUGGCUGAUUUUCAAAUCGAUUCUGGGAGCUCAGCAUCUGUGUUUGUUCCAUCUAAACCAACACCUGUACAUGUAGAGGUGCCUGUUUCCACAGUAGCUGCACCUACACCUGUACAUGUAGAGGUGCCUGUGUCAAUAGUAGCUGCACCUACACCUGCACCUGUGUCAAUAGUAGCUGCACCUACACCUGCGCCUCUACCUGUACAGGUGCCUGUGUCAACAGUCGCUGCACCUUCAGUGUCUUUAUCCAUGGAGAGCAAACCUCAGUCAGGCCAAGAGAGACCUCCAGAGGUUCCACCACCAUCAGGACAAUAAAGAUGCUCUCUAUGCGGUCUGUCUCAGGUCGUCACACUGUGAGUGAUCGGUCUCUGACUUCCAGCAUGAAAGACCAACAUCUGCUGUGUAACUCAUUGUUAGGAGUUUCACUGUAUUCCUGAAAGAACAUGUGCUAAAUAUAUUGACAAGAAAUAUAGAUUAACAUAAAUGUUUGCAUAUUAUAUCAUAUCAUAGAAAUUGUAUCUGGUUACAGUCUCAAUUAUGAACACAUGCAGCUUCUCUUUGUUUUAUAUUUUCAUUUAAAAGUUUUUUCAGUUGUUUACUAUUGUUUCUGGAAAAUUACAACUUGAAGGUCUCACAUUAGAAUCAUGAACUUGUGAUGGACAAAAUCAAUAUUUACACUUUUUAAUUUCACAACAUCCUUACAUUAGUUGAUGAUCAAAGUAUCUGUGAGUUGCAUCUCUAUUCCAGGGCCAUGUGAUCCUCCCAACAACAGCAUUUAUUUAUAAAUGAUUCCAACAAAUGAAAAAGUUCAGCAAGUAAAAAAAAUGAUAUGCAAUUAUGAAACUCUUGGUGUAAAUGCUUUAAUGAAGAAAGCAAGAAACAGGUGUGUGUGUGUAUGAGAUUCUAUGUGUGUGAAACAAAAACAUAAUUUAGUGAAGGAGUGAUCUUACAGGUCAAAGUUUCAUGUGGACCAUAACUUCAAUCUGCACUCCCAGGAGCGAGUCACAGUAAUGAUCAUGUUCUGUGAGGUUACAAAGUAAAUGAAACAAGAUGAUCAUGUGUAAUAAAAACUCAAAGGAUUCACAA